UAAGUUUUCUUAGCUUUCUAUAUCAAAUUUUGUUAUAAUUAUUGACAAGAAUGAUUUAAGACUUUAUUUAAGUGUUGUAAAGAUGCAAAUAAUAUAACAAAAUUUCUCUAUUCUCGUAUCAAAAAGCUCAAGUAAAAACUGCGAUUGUGAUCCAAAAAAAACAUCAGAACGCAAACAAUAACCUGAAUAAUGACAAAUAUCUAUUUGUUUCAGAAAUUUCGCAUUCAAAAAUUCCAGCUGCAAAAUUAGAACCUACCGGAAUUAGAUGGCAAUCCCAGGGAAAUUGCGCUGGAUUUGAAAUUCCUUUUCAAAUGAAGAAAUGUUCAGAAAUUCGUAACAAUUCCGGAGAUUGCAAUGAUAAGAGCGAUAUAUUUGUCCCGUGUAAUAAAGAAAAGUCACCGAUAACUUCAAAAGAAGCUAACAAUAAUAAGUGCAAUGAUAUUCUUAUGAAAGUUGAAAUUUGGCAAAGGAUAUACAGAUACAUUUUAAAUAAAAACUCUUGCAAACUCCAUUGUAAAAUAACAUGCAGAUAUUUCCUAAAGCCCGAAUAUUGGGAAUGCAAAAAUAAAACGACAGAACCUGAAUAUGCUGAAUACUUAAAGAACGAAUUCGUGGUAAAUGGUACCCAGUUGUCCAAUGAUACCCUAUGCAUUAAUAAUGAAAUACACAUAUUAUCCAAGGAUGGAAAACAAUUUACGCCGUUACAACAGGAAUUGGUAAAAGAAGAAGGACAUAGGAACAAUAUAUUUGAAGGAAUUUUAGAAUACAUUACAUCUAUUUUAUCGUUUUUAUCUACAUUUUAUUAAAAAAAAUUU